AUGAUCUCUCCAGAACUCAAGGGCAUUGAGGUGCAGGUCCUCGUCUCUGGCCAGCCUGCAAUAGAGUAUCAUGUCGAAGCUGCAGACAUGGAGUCGACCAAGGAGGAACUUGACCCUCUCGGUGACAAACUCCACAUUGUCAGAUACAUCGAGGCCAAAUCGGGCGAGCCGUUUGCCGUAAGGGUGGUGCGCACACCCGACUUUGUUAGGAAGAGUCAUCAUAUCGCCUGCGAUAUACACACUACCAAAGAUAACUAUGCGGUGUUCUCUGAAACCAGUAGAGGGGGACCGCUGGAGAACACUUGGGAUCAAGUCACUAGUUGUCAUGCAGUCAUCAACUCGGACGGACAGCUUAUCACGCAAAAGUGGCAUUUUGCUAGUUUGGAAGUCGAUACCGAUGAUCAAGACUUAUCGGCUGAGGAGAUGGAGAAGCAUUUGGAGCAAGUGAAAAGCCUUGCCAGCAUUACAGUAAAACUGUAUCACAUGAAAAAAGCCGGAGGAGGAUACUUCAGGAGCGUAGUCGAGUUCACGAGGAAUCCAACAAAAUUCCCGAGAAAGCCCUCAAAGGCAAGGCUUUGGGACUCACAGCAAGUAACACGGAGUCAAAUCAGUUACAACAACACAAUCAAGGAGAAUUUCCCCACCCGCACCAGAGAAGUCCGCGUAUACAAUGAUUGUCGCGAGCGGCCUUUCGCGGUGUUCGAAUUUCGCUAUAGGACUAGAGAAAACCUAUACCAGGAGGGAAUUCUGGAGCGACCCGUCGAAAGUGAAGACAAGAAGGCCAUUGUAAGGGGCAUCAAGCGAGAGACUGAUAAUGGAGGCGACUUAGAAGAGAGGCCAGAACGGGCGUACAAGGAGCGCCGCCUGCGUGGCGGUCGCUUUGAGGUUGACUUGACACUGUCCGACUCGGACUAG